AUGAGUCUGUGGCGACGAUUUACGAUAUUCCGCCAUCGUUUCGCGCGGGUAUGCCAGCUGCACAUUGCCUUUACCUGCCGCGGCGUGCCUUGUCGCAUCACCCUGGGCAAUGUGCUCGCCGUCCUCCUCGUGCUCGUCUCCUUCUUCUCGCUACAUGCCUUGUCUCUGCGCUAUCCAUUGCGGACCUUUACGACUGGCCGGCGUCUCUACGCCGCCUUUAUUGAUUCGGACGUCACCAUUGCCCAGGACACGAUGCUGCAGCUCCUUCCUGAACACAUUCAGGACCGCCCGAAAGAGUUUACCGUCGUCAUUUUGGGCCUUUGCCGCGACAACGAGCAGAUGUUGCCGCGUACCAUGGCUAGCCUACACAAAAUUGGCAAAUUAUUCAAAAACUAUCAAAUCCUCAUCUUGGAAAAUGACUCGGUGGAUCAAACGCCGGCCCUGCUACGGCAGCUGGCUCGCGAGGAUGAUCACGUGCACGCGCUUAGCCUCCAGCUCUAUGAUGACACCCUUCCCUUUCAGUUUGGAGAGAAGAGCAAACGGCGCACCUAUGCCAUGGCCAAGCUGCGCAAUCGGCUAGUGGACAUGAUGCGCGCUGCUCCCUACAACACGGCUGACUACGCCAUUGUGGUGGACAUGGACCUUGUGACUUUGCCUGCUGAGCGGGCUAUUCAGGCAGCCUUUCGUCUCAACUUUGACGUGGUUUGUGCGCAUGGUAUCAAUUGGCAUGUCCAUCUCUUUGGUGGUCGCCGUCACUAUGAUGACUUUGCCAUUCAAGACAUGGCUGGCAAUCGCGUGCGUUACGCCUGCUCUACCUGCGGCGAGCCCGCUAUCGAUCCCCUUGAGCUUGGACCCGAGACCCCAGCCUUGCGUCUGCAAUCUUGCUUUGGUGGCUUUGCCAUUUACAACCGUUCCAUCUUUGACCACUGCAAAUACUCGGGUGACGAUUGCGAGCACCUCAGCUUCCACAUGUGCGCCAUCGACCAUGGUUACGAGCAAAUUUACCUCGAUCCUCACAUGGUCCUCGUGCGCUAA